CACAGAAAGAACCUUCUAAAUUCAGUGUGGAGAAAAAAAGUGACCAAGGUUGCAGAAGCAAAAAAAGUAAUGAAGAGAAAUUUUAAAGUAAAUAAGAAAGUAACAUUUACUGAUGAAGGAGAGUUGGUUCAGCAGUGGCCACAAGUGCAGAAGUCUGUCUCCAAGGAUCCUGAGGAAGAGGAAGAUGCUGGUGGUAUCAACUUAGAUAAAGCAAAGGAAAGGCUUCAAGAAGAGGACAAAUUUGACAAAGAAGAAUAUAGGAAGAAAAUUAAGGCAAAGCGUCGGGAGAAAAGACUGAAAGAAAGGGAAGCCAGAAGAGAAGCCAGUAAGAAACAAGCAAAGGCUAAAGAUGAAGAAGAAGCCUUUCUGGAUUGGAGUAAUGAUGAUAAUGAUGGAUUUGAUCCAAGCAUACUUCCAGAUCCAGAUAAGUACAGAAGCCCCGAAGAAUCAGAUAAUGAAGAUAUGGAAAAUAAAAUUAGUGAUACCAAGAAGAAGCAGGCAAUGAGGAAAAGGAACAACAGUGAAGUGGAAGAUGUGGGACCCACAAGUCAUGACAGAAAGAAGACGAAGUGGGAAACCUCAGAGCCUUUGGAUACAGGCCUGUCUUUAGCCGAGGAUGAAGAGCUGGUGUUACAUCUGCUCAAAAGUCAAAGCUAAAUAGUACUUGCUCUUGUCUUCUCCUUGAAACCUCUAGUCAUGAUUAUGUGGGCAAGAAGUUGAAAAAACAGUUGGCUUUGGGGCACUUAGGUAACAUGAGUCCCAUGCCCAAAGGACC